UUAUCCUUGCCUACGUCAUAUAACAAUACGGAAGUAGCGGUUUAAUCAACAGCAUGAGCUUGAGAAAUGUGUUUUGUACUCUGACCUAUGACUAUGACAAGAGUUUCAUCACUUAUCAUCGAUACAUAGAUGUGAGCACAGACGAUAAAACCACUAAAAGACUUUCUUUAAAUUAAGGUGCCACUUCUAUCAGCCAAGCUCGCUGUUGCUACAUGAGUGAUUAUUGUUUUCAUUGUGUUAAAUCUCUGUGUGGAUUGUAAAUACAACAAACUCCAUGGACGGGUAUUUAGUCCAGAAAGUCAUCGGGGAAGGCUCCUUUGGUCGGGCUUUAUUAGUCCUCUGUGAAAGCAGUCAGGAGAAAUAUGUGGUCAAAGAGAUCCAGCUGCCAAAGAAUCAGUCCAAAUUGGAAAAAUCAAGGAGGGAAGCUGUUCUGCUGUCCAGAAUGAAACAUCCAAAUAUUGUGGCUUUCAAAGAAGCACUUGAAGCUGAGGACCUGCUGUGGAUUGUUAUGGAGUACUGCAGUGGCGGGGACUUGCUCCAGAGGAUCCAACGACAGAAAACUAAUCAGUUCUGUGUUGAUGAGGUCUUGAGGUGGUUUGCUCAGAUGUGCUCUGCUGCACAGCACAUCCAUGACAAAAGGGUAUUGCACAGAGAUCUGAAGUCCAAGAACAUUUUCCUGACAGAUAAUGGAACAAUCAAGCUCGGGGACUUUGGCUCGGCGUGUAUUCUGAACAGCUCAAAGGCCUACGCUCAUACAUACGUCGGCACACCGUAUUAUGUGGCUCCAGAAAUCUGGGACAACAAGCCGUACAACAAUAAGAGUGAUGUGUGGUCUCUGGGCUGUGUCCUCUAUGAACUCUGCACACUGAAACACCCGUUCCAGGCCUCCAGCUGGAAGAGUCUGAUUCUGAAGGUGUGUCGGGGUGCAUACCCUCCCCUCCCCAAACACCUGCCCUAUGAGCUGCAGUAUUUAAUGAAGCAGAUGUUCAAGACAAACCCAAAAGACCGGCCGUCCCUGCACACCAUCCUUACUUCUCACCGUGUUUCCAGACUCCUGCGCACACAUCUGCCCUCUCAGGCGAUAGAGACGGAGCAACAGGGGAGGCGUACGGGUCGAUGGAAGAGGGAAGAGGGACAGAAGGUGGCUGAUCUUCUGGGAGAGAAGAGUUUAAUAAAAACAUCAACGUUUGAAGGAGUGAAGUUCCCUGAAGCUCCCUGUGAAAGCAGAGAGCCUGGUCCUCGAAAGCAGUGGGCAGCUGAGCCUUCAGACACCGUGCUGCACAUGUUGGCUAACACCAGCCUCGUCUCAUCUGACAGCAUGACAUCAACCAGCCAGACCAACACAGGAGUGUCAGAGGAGCCGGGGGAGAGCAGGCCGAGGAGACGAUGGGAGACGGAUCCUCCUGAGAGACUUCUGAGUCUGUUAGAGAAAGCCCGGCUGAGCAGAGGCUUCAGCACCUUUUCGAUAAACAGAAGAGGUGAAGACCCUCUGGUGGGACCGCUCUCCCAGCCGCAGGGUGACGCCACAGACGGUCCUGAGCCAGAGGUGGCUGUGGAUGAGGAACGGCUGCAGCCUCGCUCUGAUGACGAGGACACAGACUUUGAGGAAGACUCUCCGUGUGACUGGAUAGAAGAAGUUGAGAGAAUGGUUUCAGAACACUGAAGACUCCUUCUUUUCUGAGCUUACACUGCCUAGAUUAUUUAUUUCUACUUCUUAAAACCUCUAGCUGUUUAAAGUUGUCAAAAUCAUUUCAUUCAUGAACCGGGGACCAGAUAUUUCUCUGAUAAAUGAGGACCAAAUUUUAAAGCAGCUUGUCAAAUAAAGACAGUUUAUGUUUUCUUUUUAUACCGCCUGUUUUAUGUUCUGCACUGAUAUUCAUGAACUUGUUGCACUAUUCGGCUUGUUGUCAUAAAACCUCUUUUUCUCAGAGA